GUAUGAUUAAUAAUGAAAAGACAGAUAUCAAAAUAGAGAGAAGGUACCUGAUCAUAUCAAUAAAGUUAAAUACCAUCUGCUUAACCAAAGAAAGUGUUGGUGAAGAAGCCAUCAACAAAUAUUGAUAAAUAAGAAAAAACAUCAGAAGAAUUAGCUAAGCAUUAAGAAAUUUUAGAUGAUCGUCUUAAACAAAAACAAUUAUAAUAUGAAGAAGCAAAAGCCAAGAUAAUUUAAAAUUAAAAACUCAUAAGAAACUAGUAAAAAUAUAAUCUAGAAUUCCCUGAAUUGCCAAAAUGAA